UCUCUGUUGUCUUCUAAUCGGAGUUGCUCUUCCUCUUCAAAAAUUGAUUUGGUUCAGUCACAAACAUUAAGACCUUGGCAAUUGAUUGCUUCUGCUAGAAACUAAAAAGGAAAAUUAAGUUACUCAAUGUCAACCCAACAAUGUAAAUUAUGCCUGCAUCGGAAACUGGCAAUCUUGUGGAUUUUCUUUUCUGGUGCCAUCGUUUCUUCAAGUGUGGUCAAAACAAGCGGGCAAUCCGAUUUCCAGAACUCAGAUGACGGGACAUAUAUAAUGAGAUCUUAUUUUGACAACUAUGAGAACCUGGAUGAUUCUAGUUUUGAAAAUUUUAUGGCACAUGAACUUUCUUCCGGUUUGUGUCGAAUAACUCCCGAAAACCAGAAUCGUGGUGUGAGGCUAUCGGCGCUAGAGCUCUUUCUUGUUGGAGAAGGUUCUCAUCGACAAUUAUCUGUCUAUCAGAUUGCAGACUGGGGAAGAUCCAUUCCUGAAUUACCUUCUCAUAUAUGUGAAGUUAUAGUUAUACAAAGACUACCCCUUGGAGUAUUUGCUGACCCGUUUGAGCUUCAAAAUCUUCAAAAGCCGAUGGAAAUAGCUGUUUUCGGAGACACAAAAUUAGAAUUACCUUCAUUUCGGUCCAAUCGGUCUGUUGUUGAAGUCCACAUUGAUGUCGCAUCUGACAUCUUGUUUAUGCAGAACAAUGGAAUGGAAAUCAACAUACUGCUUCCACUACAUGCACGAUAUCAACCCCUUAAUGAAAGUGGCUAUUCUAUUGUCGAAAUCGGUGAACCUGAUAUGUUUAUGAGAUGCAGCAUGGAAGGAAAGCAGAGUUGUUUGUUGAUGUCACUCGAGGACAGUGCUAAAUCCAGAAUCAGUACUGUCAAAUGGAAAAUACCUGCUGGAAUCAAGGCACAUACUGGAUUUGUACCCGUUGGAACCUUUAUUACAGCUUCUUUAUCGACUGUGUUAAUUGUAUACGCGUCUAUGUUUUGGUCGGGCACCAAAACAUGAAACAACCUUAGCCAACAUCAAUUUCUCAAUUUUAAGUUGUCAUUAUGAGACAGACUCCACAUCUGUUUCUUAAAGAUUU